GUCACAUGAUUUGCUUUGUGGUCGAAAACUAAAAAUGGCCGCCCACUUGUCAUACGGAAGAGUUAAUUUGAACAUUUUGAGAGAAGCAGCACGAAAGGAGCUCCGGGAGUUCUUGGACAAGUGUGCCGGAAGCAAGGCAAUUGUUUGGGAUGAAUAUCUGACUGGACCUUUUGGACUAAUCGCACAAUACUCUUUAUUAAAAGAACAUGAGGUGGAAAAGAUGUUUACCCUCAAGAGUGGUCGCCUCCCCUCUGCCGAUGUCAAAAAUAUUAUCUUCUUUGUUCGUCCCAGACUAGAGCUUAUGGAUAUCAUUGCUGAGAAUGUUUUCAGUGAAGAUAAGCAUUCGACGCGUGACUUCCACAUUCUUUUUGUGCCCCGGCGGAGCCUGUUGUGUGAACAGCGGCUCAAGGAGCAGGGCGUGCUGGGCUCCUUCAUCAACAUUGAUGAAUACAUCCUGGACCUGAUUCCUUAUGACGGCGACCUGCUGUCCAUGGAAUAUGAAAGUGCCUUCAGGGAGUGCUAUCUAGAAAAUGACCAAACAAGCCUUUACCACACAGCUAAGGGCCUCAUGACCUUACAGGCGCUGUAUGGCACCAUUCCACAGAUUUAUGGGAAAGGAGAGUGCGCACGGCAUGUUGCCAACAUGAUGCUGAGGAUGAAGAGGGAGUUUGCUGGAAUUCAGACUCAAAUCCUGCCCGUGUUCGACACGCUGCUCCUCUUGGACCGCAACGUAGACCUGCUCACUCCUUUGGCCACACAGCUCACAUAUGAAGGGCUCAUUGAUGAGAUCUACGGAAUCAAUAAUGGUAAUGUCAAGUUGCCACCUGAGAAGUUUGCCCAGAAAAAACAAGGUGAAACCAGUAAAGAUUUGCCCACCGAGCCUAAGAAGUUGCAGCUCAAUUCAGCAGAAGAGCUGUACGCUGAAAUCCGGGACAAAAACUUCAAUGCUGUUGGAGCAGCACUGAGCAAGAAGGCUAAAGUCAUUUCUGCUGCAUUUGAGGAACGCCACAACGCCAAAACAGUGGGAGAAAUAAAACAGUUUGUGUCUCAGUUGCCUCACAUGCAGGCAGCACGGAGCUCCCUCGCCAAUCACACGUCCAUCGCAGAACUCAUUAAAGACAUCACCACAUCGGAGGCGUUUUUUGAUAACCUAACAGUGGAGCAGGAAUUCAUGACUGGAGUCGACACAGACAAGGUAAACACCUAUAUUGAAGACUGCAUUGCCCAAAAAGAUCCCCUCAUCAAGAUUCUGCGUCUUGUGUGUAUGCAGUCAGUCUGCAACAAUGGCCUCAAACAGAAAGUCCUUGACUACUACAAGAGAGAGAUUCUCCAGACCUAUGGUUAUGAGCACAUCCUGACACUAAACAACCUAGAGAAAGGAGGUCUUCUGAAGCCACAAACAAGCUCGAGGAAUAAUUACCCUACGAUUAGAAAAACCCUUAAACUGUGGAUGGAGGAUGCAAAUGAACAGAACCCCAACGACAUCUCGUACGUAUACAGUGGCUAUGCUCCAUUAAGCAUCAGACUGACUCAGGUGUUGGCCAGGCCAGGCUGGCGGAGCAUCGAGGAAGUGCUGAAAAUGCUCCCAGGUCCACACUUUGAGGAACGCCAACAGCUGCCUGCUGGACUCCACAAAAAACGCCAGCAGGGGGAGAAUCGAACAACGCUGGUGUUUUUCCUGGGAGGAGUAACAUAUGCUGAAAUAGCCGCGCUUCGUUUCCUCUCUCAAAUGGAAGACAGCGGGAUGGAGUAUGUUAUCGCCACAACCAAACUCAUCAAUGGUACAUCUUGGAUCAAAUCCCUUAUGGACCGACCUGAAGCACAGAUGCACUGA